CAGAUAGAGGGGAUCAGAGAGCUGGCUGGGGUGCUCGGGCGCUCUAUCUGCCGGAUGGCCCGCUCUCGCACCGAUCCGGAGACUGAGCCGGAAUCCGUGUUCCCACGGGAGGUCGGGCUCUUCACCGACUCUUAUUCGGAGAGCAGCCGGUUCUGCUUCUGUGGGCACGAGCUGAGCAUCACGCAAAACUUUGGGUCACGCCUUGGGGUGGCGGCGCGCGUGUGGGAUGCGGCUCUGAGCCUGUGUAACUAUUUCGAGAGUCAAAAAGUGGAUUUUCGAGGCAAGAAGGUGAUCGAACUGGGCGCGGGGACGGGCAUCGUGGGAAUCUUGGCGGCGCUGCAGGGGGGGGAUGUUACCAUCACUGACUUGCCAGUGGCCCUAGAGCAAAUCCAGGAUAACGUCCACGCUAAUGUGCCACCCGGAGGCCGGGCUCAGGUGUGUGCCUUGUCCUGGGGAAUUGACCAGCAUGUCUUUCCUGGAAACUAUGACUUGGUGCUGGGGGCAGAUAUCGUGUACCUGGAACCUACCUUCCCGCUGCUGUUGGGGACCCUCCGACACCUGUGUGGGCCCCACGGCACCAUCUACCUGGCCUCCAAGAUGAGAGCAGAACACGGGGCAGAGACCUUCUUUCGGCGCCUCCUGCCCCAGCACUUCCAUCUGGAGUUGGCCCAGCGGGAUGAGAAUGUGAAUGUCAACAUCUACAGGGCCAGGCACAGGGAGGUGAUGCCCGCUGAACAGCACCCCUUCUGUUGACUUAACUCUUGUCACAGUGGAGGAAUGGCAUCCCUCCAGAGCCAUGAACACCAGGACAAAAGAAAAGGAUGGAUCACCCGUCUUCUUCCUUCCCUCUUCCCUUCGGUUCCUCUAACUAUUCUUGGGAAGAUGCAGAAGGGUGGCUGCUUGUUAGGAAUGGCACAAAGAAAGCACCCCACACUUGCCUUUAUAAAAAAAAAAACACUCUUUUAAAUUUUAAAAGGGAAAAUGGGCAUUAAUUAUCUCUUUGGUAUUUCCAAACAUGUAGCUAUUGCCAGAAAGUUGGGUACGUGAUUCCUCAGAACACCUGUCUCUUGUCUGAUGAAAUAGGAGUCUCAAUAGGGCGAGUCUUCCUAGUCCUGAGCCUGGGAGGAGAAUCAGACAUGCCCCCUUGGGCUGUGGCUUCUUUAUCCUUUGCAAAGCUCAAGACCUGAUCGCAGACAUCAUAUAGCAAACUCUGGACUGGGCUCUAGGUUCUUCUAAUCUCUAGCUUUUCUUUCCACGUUCAGGUUUUCCUUCCUGUUUUGCCUUCGGUUCUUGUCUCUCUCCCUCUGGAGCAGUUUGGCUCUUUUCUACUUAGCCUCUUGGCACACAACCAUCUUUGGUGUUCUCUUAACCUUGAUGCCACGACUCAAACUCUUGCCAUCUUCCAAAACCUGCUCUAAUUAACUUCUACUGCAAGAACAAAUAUCUUUGUUUGGUACUCAGGCCACACCCACCUGCUCCUGAACCACUCUAUCUCAUUUCCUACUCUGUUUCUAUUGUACUUUUAGCCAAAUUGCCUUAAGGCUUUGUUCCCUAACUCUCUGCGGGCAUUCCCUGACUUCUCUACUUUCUGGAUGAUUCCCUUCCAGGAAGGGCCAUUGCUCUCUGUCUAAACAUAUAUUUUGCUUCUGGAAAAUAAAAAAAAGAAAAACAAGAAAAAACCCUCCUUUUCCUGAGCUUUCUGUUUGGAUGUGGUUUCCUUGACCGGAAAUCUUUUAAUUGUUUAGGGACCUUAUAUUGCCUUACCUGAUUCUCCUCAGACCAAUAGAUGCAUUGGAGGGCAGAGCUAUGAUUUAAGCAUCACUGGACCCCUGAAACUAGCAACAGCUCCGGGCACACAUGUGUUCAGCAGCAGAUAUUUUGCUAAUUCAGCAACUGUUUAUUGAGUUUGUUGAAGGAACUCUGCUUCUCCAGGUGACCUUGGGCAAUUUCCUGAGUCCACUUACCUACUUCCCGUUUGUCGUGAGUCAUAAAUGGAUAAUGACCAUAAAAGCACAUUGGAAAUAAAGAAACAAAGUACCACCUA